AUCCAACGGCAGCGAAGCCACCCGUUUCCCACUCCCCUUAUCGGCUCCCUGUCGACGAACUGCACUGCAGUGGGACGACGAUUCGGAAGGCCCCCCCGUUGAUUGCAGGAGACGAAGAAGAAGAAGAAGAAGAAGGCUUGAAUUCUUGCAGCCUAAUCUCAAAAUGGACCCUAAUCCCCUCCUCCUCCUCCUUCCUCCCUACCUCUCUUCCGAUCCUUCUCUAUCGCAAGACUUCAAUUCCUCCUUUUGCAACCUCAAUACCCUCAUCCUCUCCUCGUCCUCCAAACCCUCCAGCCCUUACAAGAUUUCCCCAACCCUUUCCAACCCCUCCUUCGCUUCUGUCUCCGUCUCCAAAGCUCGAACCCCCUCCGUCUCCCAGUACCGGUCCAUCCUCAAGUCCCUCUCCAAUCUAGAGCGUGCCCUCAUCGGGGCCGCGGCCGGCGGUGCCGCCGGCGCCUUCACUUACGUCUGCCUUCUCCCCAUCGACGCCGUCAAGACCAAGCUACAGACCAAGGGUGCCGCCCAGAUCUACUCCGGUGCCCUCGAUGCCGCCAUCCAGACCUUCCGCACCCAGGGCAUCCUUGGAUUCUACCGCGGUGUCUCCGCCGUCCUCGUUGGCUCCGCCACCUCCUCCGCCAUUUACUUCGGCACGUGCGAGCUCGGCAAGUCUCUCCUGUCGAAGCUCCCCUCUUUUCCUCCACUUCUCAUUCCCCCCACCGCUGGCGCCAUGGGCAAUAUCGUCUCUUCGGCAAUCAUGGUCCCGAAGGAGCUCAUCACCCAGAGGAUGCAGGCCGGUGCCGUUGGCCGCUCAUGGGAGGUUUUGGUCCGAAUUCUCGAGAAAGAUGGCAUCUUGGGGCUUUAUGCUGGUUAUUCUGCCACGUUGCUUAGAAAUUUACCGGCUGGUAUCCUUAGCUACUCUUCAUUCGAGUACUUGAAGAGCUUUGUAUUGAGCAAGACAGGCAAGGCCUAUCUUGAACCGGCACAGAGUGUGCUAUGCGGUGCCUUGGCGGGGGCUAUCUCAGCAUCUCUUACUACCCCUCUGGAUGUUGUCAAGACCAGGUUAAUGACGCAGGCUCAUGGGGAGGUUAGGAAUAAGGUAUCUGAGACAUUGAGGCAGAUUGUGAUGGAGGAAGGAUGGGGUGGACUGGCACGAGGAAUUGGCCCUAGAGUUCUACACAGUGCAUGCUUUGCGGCGUUGGGAUACUUCUCAUUUGAGACUGCAAGACUAGCCAUCUUGCAUCACUAUGUCCACCGCCGGGAUGAGAUGGUGGUUGGUACAGUGGCAUAAGAAAGGUAUUCAUGAUACUUGUGCCAUGCAACUUCAUAAGAUAACAUGAGUGGAGCCGUGAAAUUUUGUUGCAAAAAGAACGUUUUAAGUGUUAUGUUGUGAUCUAUGCCUUGCAUUCUAGUGCAAUGAUUUUUUCUUUUAGCUUUUUUGAAAGUUUGUAGACAUCCAUAAUACAAGAGGAAGGUUUUUUUGGUACCAAGUUGUGGGCGACUGCAGAAAGCAUUUUGUUACACUUAUGGUGAGCGCAAGUCUUGUAACCACUAUCGUAUGUGCUCAACUUGUUUGAAGAUGCUCUUAUGGAUUUUGUUGCAGUGAUCCUGUAAUGUUCAGUGUAUUCUGGUGGA